GUUUUGUUGCAAAUGAGAUGAUCAGCCAGUGUACUCCAUUCUAUGAUCAGAUCCUGAAAACUCUGGACAGUGUGCUGGAGGUGCUGAUAUGUGGUGCUUCACAGAGAUCCUGCAUCUUCCUGACAGGGAAAAUAUUGCAGGCUCUGCUGCCCAUCACGGCAUCCGAGGACAUGGCUAAGCGCCGGAGGGCUGUAGAGUGGAUUGUACGCCUCUCCUGCUUUUUGACACCCUCUUCAAUGCUGGAGCACUUGGACACGAGAGGUGGCAUACAGUGCUUCUCCAGAAGCAAGCCUCUGGAAUUCCUGGGGAAGGCAGUGGGAUACCUUGCGCUGUCCUGUGCUGAGGAGGACCAGGAGAUCAGCUGCAGGGCUUUCCAGGCACUGUGUAGCUUCAGGAGGUUCCUUCUGGUGCGACAGAGCUACCAUGCAAAACGUGAGGAUCCAGAGAUCCCUCUGGAGCGGGAAGCUGCUAACACCUUGUGGCCUAUGGAGCUCAACGACGAAAUGAUGGCAACUGGGAGCUUCCUACUCCCGGAUGAAACGUGCAGCUUACUCCUCAUGGUCUUGAGGAACAUGGCACAAGAAAGGGUCUCUAACAUCCAAGUGAUUGCCAACACGCUGAAGGUAGUCUUGACAGACUCGUGCUUGAAGGUGACCAAGGUGGGCGACAUCGUACAGAUCAUCUAUAGGCAGCUGAUGCAUGUCACCAGAAGGUCACUCCGGGACAUCCUGAUGCAGACUCUUCUCCAAAUGGCCCAGCUGUACCCUGGGGAUGUGACCACUAGCCUGCUGCAUACUUCCAUCACUGGUGACAUAGACAUGGCCCUUCGGCUUCAGGGGAACCCUAGGAUCUCUCGGACCUUUGCAGACAAAAGUUGUUAUGGCCAAGAUGGUCCCACUGGCUCUGAGCUCUGGCAUCACACCACUACUGAGGCCAUGUGGAACAUGUUGAUCUGUGAGACCAGCAUUUUGGGCAGAAUACUGAAGUCGCUGCUGGUGGUCCAGCAUGCAAGCAUGUUGCACAACAACUUCGGCACAAAAUGCAACUGCUACUUAUUGCUGACUGUGGCCGUUGUCAUGCGCAUGGUCUUCCUGGUGCCUUCCAACCAAAGCAACAUAAGGAAACUUUUAGAGGAGCUCUUCAUGGCAGUGGUCUUGCAGAUCUCCUUCGCCAUGAAGAGUCCAGAGGAGGGCUGCUGCUGCUUUGAGAUUUGGAACAAGGAGGCUGAGGAUCGUGUAGUCAGCCGCCGCAGGUGCAUGGUGAGGACCAUGCAAGCUUUCUUCCAUUUCCUGGGUGGUGACUCCCUGGUUGAAGACAUCAAGGGGGAGGGUGCCUGGGGCAUGCUCAUGAGCCCCUGGGACUACCCCACUGGCAUCAGGGUACUGAGUAGAAUGCUGAAGCAUAAGGAACGGGUCAGCUGCGCCUCCGUAUGUGAAGAGGCGGUCACAGUCAUACAAUCCUACAAGGACAUCUGUGCCAUUGUUGUCUUCAUUGAGCUCCAGGACUGCACCAGCUUUAAGAUUGACAAUGGCCCCAUCCUGCAUGCCCUCCGCAUGCAGCUGCAUAGCAGGAGUUCGGUGCUGCGCAAGGUAGCGCUCACAAGCCUUGCCACACUGUCUGAGAAAUGUGAGGAGGCAAAGGGUAUGCCUCUGCAAGGCCUGCUGCCAGCCGUCAUGCAGCACCUGCAGAAUGAUGACUGCGACGUCAUGAAGGCAGCCCUGACUGUCCUCAGCAACGUGCUCUGCGUGGUAGUCAGGCAGGUGGCUGGCCCCAUCACUCUGCAGCUGCUCAAGAUGCUCCCGCCACUCUUUGAAAGCGCGAGCAGCUGCGUGCGAAAGCGCUCCAUCCUCCUCUGCAGAGAUGUGAUGCGGAUUCCAUUCAGGUCUCACAAAAACCAGAUGAGGAAGGAUGUGCAGAGAAGCCUCCUGCCCCUGUUCUUCCACGUGCAUGACAGUGACUCAAGUGUGGCUCAGGGACCUGCAGGUCCUCUUCUAUGGCGGAGGUGCCAUCUCCCUGUCUCUACUGCUCUGAAGGCCUCCAAGGAAGCUAUCGUUGAAGCUGCCAAGUUCUUGAGGUGGCGGCAGCUCCAGAAGCUCCUGCAGACAGAGCAGAUAUGGAGGGCUGGCAAGUGCCUGCUGAAGAGAAGCAGAAGCGGAUUGGAGGAGUACGUGCACCAGAGCCUGCUGUACCUGCAGAGCCCGCAGGAGCCGUUGCGCGAGGUGGCCGUCAGGUUCAUCGGGCUCACUGGGCAGCAGUUGAAGGAUGGGUGCAAGGAGAAGAUCGUGGUCAUUGACGAGGCCCUUCAAAACAUGGAGAAUGACAGCAGCCCCUUGGUCUCUUCCCUGGCUCUUGAAAUGCAGCAGAUGCUGCAUGAUGCAUGCGAAGAGCCUCCUGCCAGAUCCUUCCUCCCGGCACUGUGGUGCUGCCUCUGGAGGGCGGAGAGGAGCAGGAUCCCUAACGAGCUGGUCUGAUCCAGGGCGCUGCAGUGAAAGAGCUUCCUAUGAGAUUCUUCUUCCAAGUGCAGGGGAACAGAAACAACAAUAGGUUGUUUUCUGUUUCAUUUUUUAAUUAAAUUUUCUAUUGAAAUCUC